GGUCAGGAUGGCAGAACGGCAAGAAGGACCUGAAGACUUCUGACAGAAUGAACAUGAUGACAGUCAAACAAGGUGUAUGGGCUGUGAUGCUCUGGCCCUAUUUGCUCACUGCGAGCAUCCCACUAGACUGCAAGGACGAGCAGGGCAGCUUCACCCGCUGCCCCUCCAUCUCGCAGGAAAAACUUCUAGACCGAGUCAUCCAGCACGCCGAGCUCAUCUACCGCGUGUCGGAGGAGUCGUGUUCUAUGUUUGAGGAGAUGUUUGUCCCAUUUCCACUGCGGCUCCAGAGGAACCAGGCUGGCUAUGCAUGCAUCACCAAGGCCUUACACAUCCCAAGCUCCAAAAGUGAAAUCCAACAGAUAUCUGAUACAUGGCUGCUCCACUCCGUGCUGAUGCUGGUCCAGUCGUGGAUCGAGCCCCUGGUCUACCUGCAGACCACGUUAGAUCGCUACGACAACGCUUCGGAAAUGCUCCUCAACAAGACCAAGUGGGUGUCUGACAAACUGAUCAGUCUGGAGCAAGGGGUGGUGGUGCUUAUCAGGAAGAUGUUGGACGAGGGAAUGUUGACUGCAACCUUCAACGAACAAGGCCUGUUCCAGUAUGAUGUCCUGCCAGAUAUGCUGGAAUCGGUGAUGAGAGACUAUACCCUGCUCAGCUGCUUCAAGAAAGAUGCCCAUAAGAUGGAGAUCUUCCUCAAGCUCCUCAAGUGUCGACAAACUGACAAAUACAACUGUGCAUAAAACAAGUUGUCCAGCUUUUAAAUAAUACACUGUUUAUCUUUAAAUUAAUUCCUGAGGUUGGUAGCGCUGCAUUUAUAGAUAUGACCAUGCCUUGGGCCAUUCUGCCUUGCUUGAAAAUGCAGUGCAUUCGUUAUUGAUUAUUUUAGAGCACCUUCACACAAAACUAAGUAGGUGUAAUGCUUUGACCUUUCUUCAUCACACUGAAUUUUAUAGACUCCACAUCUCACUUGUUAUUUUAACCUAGCGGAGGCAACAGUGGGCAAACUCCCAAAAGAAUAUUUGCGUGUUGAGCUAUCAAAUAAAUCUGCAUAUCCUGCCAUUGAUUUCCAUUUCCUUUGUUCCUAACUGGAGUUUGUAUUCCUCGCUGACUCUUGCAGUGUAUUGGUUAUUCCCAGGGCCCCCUGAGUAUUCAGCGAGACUCCCUUUUUAAAUGGAGUUGGUUUCACUUCUGCAUUAGGGAAAUGAAACACUUUCACAGGAGACGGGAAUCAAACAGAGAGCAGUCGGCGCCUAGAAAAAGAGACACAGUUUGAUUGGCGAAAGACAGUGUGAGGGAGACAGAGGCGAAAGAAGACAAACAACAGCUAAGAAUAAGAGGAAACGAUUUAUCUGGGGUUUGACCCCGGCUGAGAUUUGUUGAGUGCUUCUCAAAGAAUUGUAAACAUAUCAAUGCCUAAAUGUGCCUUAUUCAACCUGAAUGUAAUUUGUUAUUCACUUUGAAUGCAUAAUUCAAAUAGGUGAAUAUCCUAUUAUUUUUAUUCUAAAUGUUAGAUGUGAAUGGUCUAGUGGCAGAAACUUGGACUAUGGGCAGAAAAGGUCUCUGGUUCGUCUCUGGUUCGACUCCACGGAGAAAGAACAAAAAGACGAACCUGGAUUGAUCUGCCCAAAAAUCCAAGAGUCUCCCUACCCUGUCUAGUGCCCCUGAGCAAGGCACCUUACUCCCCCAACAUCUGCUCCCCGGGCGCUGCACAUGGCUGCUCACUGCUCUGUGUGUCCUGCACCAGAUGGGUUAAAUGCAGAGGAUAAAUUUGCCAACCAUUGCAUGACUGUGAUGUGCAUGUCUGUGCAUGUGUUUGGUAUAAAUAAACAAAUCUUAAUCUUAAUCUGAAUAUGUCACACAGAAUGCAAACAUACUUGUUUAUGCUUUCAUGUGUAAAUAAAGGAAGUGUCAUGCACUGCUGAUUUAAGAAGCUAAUAAAGCAAGUUGUGGAAAAAUA